AGCGGCGGCAGCGGCGAGUGCGGACGGGAGGCGGCGGCAACAGCGGGGACCAGGCAGCAGAGGCUAUGCAUCCAAGUGCGGCUGGGCGGCCGCGGCACCCCUGAGGCCCGGGCCGGGCUCCGGGUGCACCGCGAAAGGGGACGUUUGUCCUGGAGUCCGAGAGAGAGGCGUAGUGGCUCGGGAGGCGUCGGCGGAGCUGUGCACAGAGCUGAGGAGGGGGCUUCGGAGCAGGGCUGGGGAGGGGGGCAGCUGGCGCUGGCAGCCCCCGGGGUGGGGGGCGGGGUGGGCGCCGGCGGCGCGAUGCUGGGCGUCGUGGAGCUGCUGCUGUUGGGGGCUGCGUGGCUGGCAGGCCCAGCCCGCGGGCAGAAUGAGACAGAGCCCAUCGUGCUGGAGGGCAAGUGUCUGGUGGUGUGUGACUCCAACCCCACGUCUGACCCUACUGGCACUGCUCUGGGCAUCUCCGUGCGCUCGGGCAGCGCCAAGGUGGCUUUCUCUGCCAUCAGGAGCACCAACCAUGAGCCGUCCGAGAUGAGUAAUCGCACCAUGAUCAUCUACUUCGAUCAGGUACUAGUGAACAUCGGGAACAACUUUGACUCAGAACGGAGCACUUUCAUCGCCCCGCGCAAAGGGAUCUACAGUUUUAACUUCCACGUGGUGAAAGUCUACAACAGACAGACCAUCCAGGUGAGCCUCAUGUUGAACGGGUGGCCGGUGAUUUCAGCUUUCGCCGGUGACCAAGACGUGACCCGUGAGGCCGCCAGCAACGGCGUCCUCAUCCAGAUGGAGAAAGGCGACCGAGCAUACCUCAAGCUGGAGCGGGGGAACUUGAUGGGGGGCUGGAAGUACUCAACCUUCUCUGGAUUCCUCGUGUUUCCCCUUUGACUGGCUCGGUAACGGGAAUGGAGGCAGGAGAAAGGCAGGAGGGGAGUGAAAAAGAGGCCGAAAAUUACCAGGGCGAGGAAGCGGCGCCACCGGAAACUUCCUACGUGUUCCUAGCUACGACUGGGUACAAAGGUGCGCGCCGCCCGCGGUCCAACUUCGUUCGCUCCCUGUCUAAAGAGAAGUAAAUCUCGCUUAGCUCUGCACACUCCCAUUUCCAAAAUUAAACUCGCCUCCCCCAAGCCAGUCGCGGUAAUCGAGGAAGAGACUGCCUUGUCAUUGUUCCUUACCCGUCCAUGUCCCCAACAAUUAACGAAGUAAUGUGAAAUGUUUCUCCCGACCCGACCCCCUUCUGAACCCUGCCACUUACUGAAACUUAGUAUACCCCCUCCUCCCCAGUUUGAAGAGGGGGUCUGUUUGUUUUCUGUUUCUGUUUUUGAAUGGGGCAGGUAGUUUUAAUAUAACAGGUUUUGCUCUUCAAACACCGCGCGAGUUAAGCUUGAGAGACUCGCCCUCAGCUGCUUGUUAGCAGAGGAAGGACUCGCCUUCGUGGUGACUGGUUUAACUAUACAUAAAUAUGUAUAUGUAUCAUUUGUACACGAAGAACUCUUACGGUGGACGCUGGCUGUAUUCCGUAUUUCUGUCCUGUUCGGAGUGAUCGUGAAAUCUAAGGCUGCUUGGUGUUUGUUUUCCGAUGCUUGUCAAUGCCCUGUGUUCUGUGGCUCCACCAACCGCCAAGAAGGUUCUUCGGGACGCUUCCUCUUCCUCUGUAACAUACGUGUGAAUAGCCAAAAUUUAAUUUUGCUUUAAUCCAAUAAAGUCAAAGUGGGACUUUUA